AUGGAAUCAAAUCAAUCUAGUCGCUUCACCAGCUUCGUUCGGUCCGUCAAACAAAAUCUGCCUCUUUACUCAUCCUGGGCACAAUCCUCGUCGGAUAAAAUUACAGAAGAUAAUCAGGCUCACCUUUCCGUUUUGGACUUGGAGAUUUACGAAUGGGAGAUUGGCCCCGAUCAGCUUCUUGGUGACAGCACAGAGCCUGACUUCCAAUGUUGGCUAGGGAUCUCUAUCAAAUCGGUGGAAGAGGGUAAAAUAGAUGAGAUCAACAUGCAGCAGGGGGCUGAACUCAUUCAACAACAUCUCAACAACAAACGAAGCGGCACCGAUGGAAUACCUGACGCUUCAGUAUCAUUUGGAGCAAAGAGUCGACCAAGCCUCUCGAGGUCCUACCACGUUGACAAUUGUUUGGCGCAGGUUUCAAAACAUCUUCUCCGAGCCCUCACAAGUUUGUCGUCCUGUUGCGAUGGGGAGCACAUCGCUAGGAUCCAGCUUUGUGAAUUCGAGGCCGACACAACCACGUGUAGCCAAGAUGAGCGAUCGUUUGGUCUGUAUGUCUCUUCGAAUAAGAGCGUUGGGAACUGCGUUUGGCAUGAAGUGAUAUGCAGGGUCACAAGAUUUUCUGGCUCUUUUGGUUUCCGUCACCACAUAUCACCCAUCACUAGGCAUCGUCUGGAUGGCCCUCGAGCUUGCCUUGGGGAAUUGAUAGAUGAUCGUGCUCUGGCAGAAUGGUCCCAGGGCAACCAUUACCCACCAGCUGACAAAGCUGCAUUAUGCCUCAAUCUAGCUCUCGGUAUGCUUCACCUCUCAGCAGAAGCUUGGCUACAACAACCGUGGAGCAUUGACAACAUCUACUUUCCCACAAAUCAUUCUCCAGAAAGCAGAAAACCCGAUAUCUCCCUACCUUUUCUCUCUCGCACGCUCGAGAUAGGCUACACAGCUUCGAGUGAAUCACCGCCUGUGGCAAGGUCUCCUAUUCUUGCCUUUGCACAAGUUAUAACGGAAAUUUGCUUAUGGAAGCGACUGCCUCUGAAGAGUUACAGCAAUGACACUGUCUUACGGAAGACUCUGGAUUUGUUUACUCAAGAUUCUGGCGUCUCGAAUUCACAACAUUAUGCAGUCAUUGAAGCCAUUUCCGCCUGCAUCAACUUCUACGUUAGGCAAAUAUCAAACAGCAUAACACACAACAUUCCAAGUCAAGAUCCAGAUGCAUGUUGGGUCUUUGACAUGAUUGUGCGAAGACUAGAGAAGGUAUCAGCAUGCUAUGCUCGCAGCACCGAUAGCCGCAAACGCUUUGAAGUCGAACAGUUCGAAACAGAAAUAAUGGACGAAACAAAACCACGUUCUGAGGCGCCUCCAGAGAUUUCAAGACACCAAAUUGGGGAUACUAUGAAUAGGCCUCUCCAUACCACCGAGAAGACGUGGUUUGAUAAGCUCAGAGAAUUGAAUCACGUCCUUGAUGCCGUAUCUGAUGUUGAGAACUAUUCCAAAGUCAAGAUUGCGGUCUUAGAUACCGGGAUUGACCCAGAGUGCCAAUUCAUAGACGAAAUUGACGAUUACGCCGAUUUCGUUAAUCCUGGAAGCAGAGUCAAGCUUGACAGGACAGGUCAUGGCACAUCUGUCGUCGACCUUAUUUACCGUGUGUAUCAACACGCAGAAAUCUACGUCGCUCGGGUUUUUGAGUCGAAUAAUGCGACCCCAGAAACACCCCGUCACGUCAAUGAAGCCAUCGACUGGGCCAGAGGCCACGGAGUAGAUAUCGUCUGUAUGGCAUUCGGUUUUGAAGCCGACACUGGUACAGUUGAAGCUCUACUCAGUCAUGUCAGGAGCGCAGUUUUGGACCAAAUACUGCUAUUCGCUGCGGCUUCUAACGGCAGCUAUGCGACCGACGUUAUGCUACCAGCUCGCUUAGAUGACAACGUCUUCUGUAUAUUCUCGACAGAUGCAGGUGGCAGGCAUUCUAGAAGCAUGAACCCACCUCCUCUCGAUUUAUCUUACAACUUCGCAAUUCUUGGUGAGGAUGUCAGACUCUAUAGAGGUGGCCUGGAUUCGGGUUGCUCUUAUUCAACUGCCAUCGCAUGUGCAUUUGCCGCUCGCCUACUGGACUUUUCGCGACAUAAAGAUGACGCAACUGAAUUCGAGUACGCGCACUUUCUCAAGGACAAACGUGGAAUGGCAAUGGUCCUUUCCGAUCUCUCGGAAAGAGAGGCCGAGUAUCAUUGUAUCAAGCCUUGGAAGUUGUUGGGAAGAAGAUGGGACUACGGCGCACAUCAUUCUGCCACUGCGCUCAGAGAUACCAGGAAAAAAAUUCGUGAUAAGAUAUCGGAUAUUCUUGAAGACUACUAG